AUGCUGCUCCCUGCCCUGCUCUGUGGGACGGCAUGGGCACUGGCUGAUGGGCGGUGGUGUGAGCGGACAGAGACCAUCCUGGUGUAGGAGGAAGUAACCUCCCGUCAGGAGGACCUGGUGCCCUGCACCAGCCUCCAUCAUUACCAGCGCUGGGGCUGGAGGCUGGACUUGAUCUGGAGUGGCCGUGCGGGGCUCUGCCCCAUCUACAAGCCCCUGGAAACGAGGCCUGCUGCAUGGAACCUGACGGUGGGGGCUUGCUGCCCAGGUUGGGGGGGGGGCAUCCACUGCACCCUGGCCGUUGCCGAAGCCAGCCUUGAGGGCCACUGCUUUGCCACAUGUAUGUGCCAGCCAAGGGCAGGCUCAGCUAACGCUUCUGUGGGAAGCCUGGAGGAGUGCUGUGCCUGGCCUUGGGGACACAGCUGGCAGGAUGGCCGCUCCCAGCCCUGCCACAGCUGCUCCAGCCACAAACUCCCCGGUGGGUCCACAGACCCCAGCCUGCGGGAAAGACUGCGCUACCAGGCUGCAGCCCAGGAUGUGUGCCAUCAGCUGCUGGACGGUCCAUGCAGGGAAUACCAUGCCCAGGUGCCCCCUGCUGAGUACCACGAGACCUGCCUCUUUGCCUACUGUGCUGGGGCCCCAGCGGGCAGUGGGCGGGAGGAGCGGCUGGAGGCCGCGUGCCCCACCUUGGCCAGCUACGCCCAGGAUCGUGCGGCGCGGCGCAUCCGCGUGCGCUGGAGGAAGCCCGGCUUCUGCGAGCGCCUGUGCCUAGGGGGCCGGCUGUGCUAGGACUGCGCCUCGGCCUGCCCGCCCAGCUGCUCGGCAGUGGGCGAGGGGGGCGAGGGGUCCUGCGGGGAAGGGUGCGUGAGCGGCCGCGAGUGCCCGCCAGGCCUCUUCCGGGACCGCGCCCUCUGUGUGCCUGCCGCCCGCUGGCCCUGCUACCACCGACGCCGGCGCUACGACCCCGGUGACACCGUGCGCCAGCUGUGCAGCCCGCGCGUUGGCCAGGACGGCCGCUGGCUCUGCGCGCAGGCGCCGUGCCCCGCCGAGGGCGCGGUGGGCGGGGACGGGCAUUACCUCACCUCCGAUGGGCGGAGCUUCUCCUUCCGCGGCCGCGCGGGUCGCCGCUUCAGCCUGGCGCAGGACUUCAUAAAGAGGCCGCUACUGACUGUACUGGAGCACGGGGACUGCAAUUCUGGGAGCUGCCUCCAUGCCAUCUUGGUCUCCCUGGGGGACACCCAUGUCCAGCUCAGGGACUCAGGAGCAGUACUGGUGGACGGGCAGGAUGUGGUCUUGCCCUGGAGCGGCCCUGGGGGCCUCAGCGUCUCCCGGGCCUCUUCCACCUUUCUGCUGCCGCUUUGGCCUGGGGCCCGUGUCCUCUGGGGAGCGUCUGACCCUGCAGCCUACAUCACCCUGGAUGCCCGCCAUGCUCUCCAGGUGGCCUGGAACCAGCAGGAUGACUUCCUGACUCCUGCUGGUGACGUGGAGACCAGCUUUGCCGCCUUUGCUAGCAAGUUCCAAGUGGCAGGCGAGGGAAGGUGCCCCUCGGAGGACAGCGCCCCACUUUCCCGCUGCAGCACCCACACUCAGCGUCACAUUUUCGCGGAGGCAGCCUGUGCCAUCUUGCAUGGCCCAGUCUUCCAGGAGUGCCACGGGCUGGUGGACAGGGCACAGUUCCACCUGCACUGCUUGACAGCUGUGUGUGGCUGCACCCCCGGCGGGGACUGCCUAUGCCCCGUGCUCGCUGCCUGUGCUCGGCACUGUGCCCAGGAGGGUGCCCUGCUUUUCUGGAGAGACUAGACCCUCUGCUCUGUCCUGUGUCCUGGUGGCCAGGAGUACCAGGAGUGUACCCCAGUGUGCGGUUGGAACUGUGGGGAGACUGAAGGCUGUGGGGAGCUGGGCAGCUGUGUGGCCGGUUGUAAUUGCCCCCUGGGGCUGCUUUGGGACCCUGAGGGCCAGUGUGUGCCCCCCGGCUCAUGCGCCUGCCAGCUUGGGGCCCAUCGCUAUGUCCCUGGCAGUGCUACCAUGAAGGACUGCAACCGCUGCAUCUGCCAGGAGAGGGGCCUAUGGAAUUGCACUGCUCAACGCUGCGCCCCACCACGGGCAUUCUGCCUCCGUGGGCUCGUCUACGUCCCUGGUGCCUCCCUCCUCACCUGUGACAGCCCCAGUGCCAAUGGCUCCUGCCCUCCAGGCAGCAUGGGGGGCUGUGUCUGUCCCCCAGGAACCGUGCUGCUGGAUGAGGGCUGCAUACCUCCCGAGCUCUGUCCCUGCCGUCAUGGUGGGCAGUGGUACCCGCCCAACGCUGCAAUCCAGGGGGACUAUAACAUUUGGGUGUGCCAGGGUCGGCAGUGGCGCUGCAUGGGCCAGUGGUGCGAUGGACGGUGCCAGGCAUCAGGUGCCCCCCACUAUGUGACAUUUGAUGGGCUGGCCCUCACCUUCCCCGGGGCCUGCGAGUAUCUGCUGGUGCGAGAGGCCAGCGGCCGUUUCACAGUCUCUGCCCAGGACCUGCCCUGCGGGGCCAGCGGCAUCACCUGCACCAAGGCGCUGACGCGGCUGCAGAGCACCAUUGUGCACAUGCUGAGAGGCCAGGCAGUGACAGUGAAUGAGGUGAGUGUAACGCCCCCCAAGGUCUACACGGGCUCCGGGCUGAGCCUGCGCCAUGCUGGCCUCUUCCUGCAACUCACCACCUACCUGGGCCUCACCCUGCUCUGGGAUGGGGGCACCCGGGUCUUGGUGCAGCUGUCCCCCGAGUUCCGCGGCCGGGUGGCUGGGCUGUGUGGAGACUUUGAUGGAGACGCCAGUAAUGACCUUCGGAGCCGCCAGGGAGUCCUGCUGGAGCCCACGGCUGAACUGGCUGCCCACUCCUGGUGCCUCAGUCCUCUCUGCCCCGAGCCAGGGGACCUGUGGCACCCCUGCGCCGUGAACGCCCACCGGGCUGGCUGGGCCCGCGCCCGCUGCGGGGUGAUGCUGCAGCCGCUCUUUGUCAGGUGCCAUGCGGAGGUGCCCCCAGAGCAGCACUUCGAGUGGUGUGUGCAUGACACCCGCAGAUGUGAUUCAGGGGGCGACUGUGAGUAUCUCUGCUUGGCCAUCGCCACCUACGCAAACGAGUGUUCCGCACGGCACGGGAUCCAUAUGUGCUGGCACAGCCAGGAGCUCUGCCCUCUGCAGUGUGAAGGGGGCCAGGGGUAUGAGGCCUGUGGCCCCAUGGUCACCCCCGCCACCUGCCAUGACCACGGUCCUGAGCCUGGGUGGCACUGCCAGGCCAUUGCCCGUGUGGAGGGCUGCUUCUGUCCUGAGGGGACUCUGCUGCACUGAGGAGUCUGCCUCGAGCCGGCUUCCUGCCCCUGCGAGUGGCAAGGCAGCUUCCUCCCGCCAGGCACCAUACUGCACUGUGGCAACUGCACGUGCCAGGAAAGUCAGUGGCUUUGUGGGGAUGACGGUAGCCGCGGGGAGGCGCCGGUGCCUGGCUGUGCAGAGGGAGAGGCCCCAUGCCAGGAGGGCGGGCACUGUGUGCUCCACGGGUGGCUUUGUGACUACCAGGAUGACUAUGGCGAUGGCUCAGACGAGGAGGGCUGUGUCACCCCAGGCCGUGGGGAGGGGCAGAUUUCUUGCAGCUCCGGCCACUGCCUGCCCCCGGCCCUGAUCUGUGAUGGGCAGGACAACUGUGGAGACGGGACGGAUGAGCAGGGCUGCCCAUGCCCCCAGGACUCACUGGCCUGUGCUGACGGGUGCUGCCUGCCCCCCGCCCUGCUCUGCGAUGGGCACCCUGACUGUCGGGACGCUGCUGACGAGCAGUCCUGUUGAGGGCAAGUGAACUGCACCCCUGGGGAGGUGUCCCGCAUCGAUGGUGCCUGCGUGGGGACCAUCCACCUGUGUGAUGGAAUCUGGCACUGCCCAGAUGGAGCCGACGAGGGGCCAGGGCACUGCCCGCUCCCCUCUCUGCCCACUCCCCCGGCUGGUACCUUGCCUGGCCCCUCCGCUGUCUCCAGGGAGACUGCACAUACUCCCCAGGCCAUCGUCACCCCCGCGCCGCCCUGCGGCCUCUUCGCGAGCGGCGGCGGCAGCGGCGAGUGCGCCCCGCGGGGCUGGCGCUGCGACGGCGAGGACUGCGAGCACGGCCGCGACCGGGCCUGCGCCCGCGGCCGGCUCUGUGUGGCGCCCGCGCAGCUGUGCGACGGCGCCGCACGCUGUCCCCACGGCUCGGACGGGGACCCCGGCGCCUGCGAGGGGCUGCCAGUGCCAGGAGGCCCCAACAGGACAGGGCUUCCCGGCCCAGAAUACUCCUACCCGGAUGGCCUCUGCCUCGGUCUCCAGCUGGUGUGCGAUGGGCAGCCUGACUGUGAAUUGGCGGGGGAGGCAGGGCCCUCCUGGGAAGAGCAGUGCUGUGAGACCUGGGGCCCCUGGAGCCCAUGGGCGCCGUGCAGCCAGACAUGCGGGCCCGGGGUGCAGGGCUGCAGCCGCCGCUGCUCCCUGCCCAGUCUCCCGGUGCAGCGGCACUGCCCGGGCCCCGAGCACCAGACUCAGGCCUGCUUCACGGCCACCUGCCCAGUGGACAGUGAAUGGACCUCCUGGUCUCCCUGGUCCCCGUGCUCUGAGCCAUGUAGGGGCACCAUGAUCCGGCAGCGGCAGUGCCGCCCACCCCGGAACAGGGGCCACACCUGUGCCAUGCUGCCUGGGGACCCUCCCAGCACCCGCCAGACCAGACCCUGCCCUCAGGACGGCUGCCCCAAUGUCACCUGCUCCGGGGAGCUGGUGUUCCAUCCCUGUGCCCCUUGCCCUUUGACCUGUGAUGACAUCUCUGGUCAGGCUGGCUGCCCUCCUGACCGGCCCUGCAGCAGCCCAGGCUGCUGGUGCCCCACAGGGCAGGUGCUGGGUGACGAGGGGCGGUGUGUGUGGCCGCGGCAGUGCUCCUGCCUGGUGGAUGGCACCCACUACUGGCGUGGGCAGCACAUCGAGGCCGACUGCCGGCUCUGCAUCUGCCAAGAUGGACGGCCCCGGUGCUGCCGGCCCGACCCAGACUGUGCCGUGAACUGUGGCUGGUCAUCCUGGUCUCCCUGGGCCGAGUGCCUGGGCCCCUGUGGGAGCCGCAGCAUUCAGUGGUCCUUCCAGAGCGCCAACAAUGCCCGCCUCGCUGGCCGAGGUCGCCAGUGCCGGGGCAUCCACCUCAAGGCCUGUAGCUACUGCACCCUCCAGGGGCGGGUCCGCCGAGUCGGGGAUGGCUGGCGAGAGGGCCUCUGCAGCUGCCAGUGUCUGCAUGGCAGCCCGUCACGCUGCUCCCCCUACCGCCUGCUGGGCAGCUGCCCCCAGGACUGGGUUCUGGUGGAGGGAGUGGGAGAGUCAUGUUGCCACUGUGUCCUGCCUGGAGACAACCACACGGUCCGCCACACAGCCCCUCCAGCCCCAAGCCCCCAGAUCGGGGCCCCUCUGAUCACCUACAUUCUGCCUCCCUGCAGAGAUCCCUGCUAUUCUCCCCUGGGCCUGGCCCAACUCCCCGAGGGGAGCCUGCAUGCUUCAUCCCAGCAGCUGGAGCACCCCACCUUGGCUGCCAUCCUAAGGCCUCCCACGGGGGCACCUGGGCAGCAGGGCUGGAGGCCCGUAGAGGAUGCUUAUACCCAGGGGCACGCCCAGCCCCCCUACUUGCAGCUGGACCUGCUACGGCCCUGGAACCUCACUGGCGCAUGGGGAGGGGGCAAGGGCUGGGGGAGGAGGUGGCAGACGGUGGAUGGAGGGACCCUGCUCCCUGAGCUCCCAUGCAGCCCCACGACCUUCCCAGCCGCGCCCCGAGCUGAUGCCUCUCCCAGUUACUUAUCGAGCACUUACUGUAAGCUCAGUCCUGGGCUGGGCUAUGCUGUGGGGAAGAGCAGGCUCUGCCCCCAAGGAGACUCCAGUCUGGGGAAAAACAACGUGUGUGUGCCCACCCAGGACUGCCCCUCUGCCCGCGGGGGACGCUUCCACCCCCCAGGCAGUGCUGUGAUUCGUCCAUGUGAGAACUGCUCCUGUGACUCUGAGCUCAUCACCAACUGCACCUCCUGGCCUUGUGAGGAGGGUCAGCCCACGUGGUCACCCUGGACCCCAUGGAGCGAGUGCUUGGCCUCCUGUGGCCCUGCCCCACGCCACCGCCACCGCGUCUGCACCAGGCCCCCGGGCGUUACACCAUCCAGCUUGGCACUGCUGCCCCCACUGGCUUCAGCCCCACCUCCUUGCCCAGGCCCUGAGGCAGAGGAGGAGCCCUGCCUCCUGCUGGGGUGUGACCCUGUGGAGCCCACAUGUGGCCCCUGCGCCCUGUGGAUGCCUGCCGCCUUGCACCAGCCAAGCCCUCGCCACUCCUGUGUGGGUGGCCUCCAGAGCCACCCCACCCUGGGGCUGGGGGAUUACUGCGAGGGACCUUGGGCCCAGGGGGCGGCCUGCCAGGCUCUGCCAUGCCCAGUGACCAACUGCACCGCCAUCCAAGGGGCCGAGUACAGCCCUUGUGGCCCUCCCUGUCCUUGCUCCUGUGACUCAACCCGGCACUGCGUUUGGCACUGCCAGCCAGGCGGUUACUGCCCGCCGGGCCAGCUGCUGAGUGCCGAUGGCGCUGUCUGCGUGCAGCCCAGCCACUGCAGCUGCCUGGGCCUGCUGACCGGGGAGCGGCACCGUCCCGGCGCAAGGCCCGAUGGCUGCAGCUGCUGCACCUGCUCAGAGGGCAGGCUGACCUGCACAGACCUGCCUUGCCCAGUGCCUGCAGGCUGGUGCCCGUGGUCAGAGAGGACGGCGUGCUCCCAGCCCUGCCGGGGCCAGACGAGGACCCGGUCCAGGGCCUGCACUUGCCCGGUUCCUCAGCAUGGAGGGGUCACGUGCCCCGGGGAGGCGGGGGAGGCAUCAGAGGGAGACCUGCGCCAGCCCCCUGAGUGCCCAGUGGAUGGAGCCUGGGGCCCACGGGGACCGUGGUCUCCCUGUGACGUUUGCCUGGGGCAGUCCCAUCGGAGCCGAGCGUGUAGCUGGCCCCCCACUUCUGAGGGAGGCCGACACUGCCCUGGGGACCACAGGCAGAGUUGCCCCUGCCAGGACAGUUCUACUCAAUGCACAGACUGUGCAGGUGGCUAGGGUCUUCUCCCCUGUGGGCGGCCCUGCCCCCGCUCCUGCCGGGACCUGUCCCCUGGGGUCGUGUGCCAGCCAGGCUCGGCAGGCUGCCAGCCCAGCUGUGGGUGCCUUGGCCAGCUGUCCGAGGACGGCCUUUGUGUGUCCCCAGCCCAAUGCCGCUGCCAGUACCAGCCCGGAGCCAUGGGGAUCCCUGAGAACCAGAGCCGGUCCGCAGGGUCUGGGCUCAGCUCCUGGGAGAGCCUGGAUCCCGGGGAGGUGGUGACUGGACCGUGUGACAGCUGCACCUGUGUGGCGGGCAUCCUGCAGUGCUGGGAGGUGCCCGACUGCCCUGGGCCCGGGGUGCGGGGCCGCUGGGGCCCCUGGGAGGAUGGCAGUGUUUCGUGUGAGGGAGGGGAGCGGCUGUGCUCCCGGCGCUGCGCCUGGCCGCCCUGCCAGGCCGCCCGCCUGAGCCGCAUCUGCUGCACCCAGGUCUGCAGAGAGGCAGGCUGCCCGGCCGGGCGUCUGUACCGGGAGUGCCAGCCCGGUGAGGGCUGCCCCUUCUGCGCCCGCAUCACCUGGCAGGUGGCCUGCUUCUCCGCUGGCUGAGAGGAGGGCUGUCACUGCCCCGAAGGCAUCUUCCUGCACCGUUUGGCCUGUGUCCCGGAGUGCUCCUGUGUGCUGACUGCCUCACUGCUGCAGGAGCUGCAAGCUGCCGACGCUGACCCGGGGGCUCACCUGUCCAUUCGGGGAGAGGGGGGGUCAGCCCUUGGGCCUGGAGAUGAGUUGGGCUCAGGUCAGACCCUCCAUACAGGCUGCAGCAACUGCUCCUGUGUGGACGGGAAGCUGUCCUGCUCCAUGGGUGACUGCUCCAAGGCUGGGGUUGGCUUCGGUCCCUGGGGCCCGUGGAGCCCCUGCUUCCGCUCCUGUGGCGGGCUGGGCACCCGCAGCUGCAGCUGCCACUGUGCACACCCCACACCCACUCCCGGUGGCCAGGACUGCCGUGGGCCCCGCCAGGACCUCGAGUACUGCCUCAGCCCAGACUGCCCAGGGGCUGCAGGGUCCACGGUGGAACCAGUGAUAGGCCUUCCAGGCAGCUGGGGCCUGUGGUCCCCGUGGUCCCCCUGCUCCAGCAGCUGCACAGACCCCGCUCACCCUGCUUGGUGCAGCCGCACCCGCCUCUGCCUGGCGAACUGCACCGGGGGGGCCUCUUCCCAGGAGCGCCCCUGCAACCUGCCCUCCUGCACAGAUCCCUCACCCCUGUGCCCUGGCCCUGGCUGCAUGGCCGGGAGCUGUUCCUGGAUUGCCUGGGCCCCGUGGGAACCUUGCUCCCGCAGAUGUGGGGUGGGCCAGCAGCGCCGCUUACGGCCCUACCAUCCCCCAGGGCCCAGCGGGCACUGAUGCCCUGACAUCCUUACGGCCUACCAGGGGCUCCGCUUCUGCAACCUGCGAGCUUGCCCAGUGCCUGGAGGCUGGUCACGCUGGAGCCCCUGGUCCUGGUGUGACUGGAGCUGCGGAGGGGGCCGGUCCCUGAGGAGCCGCAGCUGCUCGAGCCCCCCACCCAAGAACGGGGGUGCCCCCUGUGUUGGGGAGAGGCACCACGCACGGCUCUGCAAUCCCGUGCCCUGUGGGUCCCACGUUUCUAUGGGCACCAAGCCAGAGGAAGGACGGGUUGUACAGCUUCACGGAGGAGGGCUGCCCAGCAGGCAUGGAGGUGGUCACCUGUGCCAACCGCUGCCCCCGCUGCUGCUCAGACCUCCAGGAGAGAAUCAUGUGUCAGGACGACCAGGCCAAGGAGGGACCCCCUGCCUGGGCCCCAACACCCAGACCCGGCACUGUGGCAGAGCCUUGCCUGGGGCCACUGGACGCUGCUCCUGGGGCCCUUGGGGGUCCUGCUCCCGCAGCUGUGGCCCAGGCCUGGUCUCCCGCUCUGGGUCCUGCCCCUGCCCGCUGGCCGAGGCUGACCCCACCUGCAGUGGGACCUUCCUCCACCUGGUCACCCAGGCCUGCUCCACAGGGCCCUGCCUGGAGGAGUGUGUGUGGAACAUCUGGACGCGACGCUCAUGCCAGGUGCUGGUCCAGCAGCGCUACCGACACCAGGGCCCAGCGCCCGGAGCCCCCCGCACAUGACUGGACGGCCACUUCUGGCCUUGCCUCAUCAGCAGCUGCUCUGAGGACAGCUGCGCACCUCCUUCUGAGUUCCAGGCCUGUGGCUCCCUCCGCUCUGGGCUCUGUGCCACACACCUGAGCCGUCGGCUCUGCCAGGACCUGCCACCCUGCCAGCCUGGCUGCUACUGCUCCGAGGGGCUGCUGGAGCAGGCUGGAGGCUGCAUUCCCCCAGAGCAGUGUAACUGCCAGCACAUCUCCGGAGAAGGAGCUGGGGUGACCCUGGCCCCCGGGGACCACCUGCAGCUGGGCUGCAAAGAGUGUGAGUGCCAGCGUGGGGAGCUGCAGCGCACCAGCUGCAGUGCACCAGGCUGUCAAGGUCUUCUGCCUCUGAGCCACUGGUCCAAGUGGUCACCCUGUGGGCCCUGCCUGCCCCCCGGCAUGCUGGCCCCUGCUUCCAGGGCUGCCCUAGAGGAGCGCUGGCCCGGGGGCCCAGAUGACCUCCCCUCCACCUCGGUCCCCACGCUGGCUUCAGAGCAGUACCGCCACCGCCUCUGUUUGGACCCCGAGACGGGGAGGCCAUGGGCCGGGGAUCCAGACCUCUGCACUGUGCCACUCAGCCAGCAGCGUCUCUGCCCAGACGCUGGAGCCUGCCAAGCUUGAUGCCAGUGGAGUCCUUGGGGGGCCUGGAGCCGCUGCCAGGUACCCUGCAGUGGGGGGUUCCAGCUGCUCUGAGGAGGCUGCCAGCGGCCACGGGCUCAGACUGAGAGCUGCAACGUGGGGCCUUGCCCAGGAGAGAGCUGCGAGGCCCGGGACCCCGUGCCCACCCUGGACUGUGCCAGCCACUGCCCAAGAAGCUGUGCCGACCUCUGGGUCCGCGUGCAGUGUCUGCAGGGACGGUGCCACCCAGGUGGUGGGCUGCCGCUGACCCCUGGGCAGCUGGUACAGGAUGGACGCUGUGUGCCCAUGUCUCCUUGCCGCUGUGGCCUCCCCAGCCCCAGUGCUUCAUGGGUGCUGGCUCCGGCCGAGGGGUGGCUGGACUGCAAAAACUGCACCUGUGUUAACGGGUCCCUGGUGUGCCGCCCCCAUGAGUGUCCAGCCCUCGGGCCUUGGUCAGCCUGGAGCAGCUGCUCUGCUCCCGUGUGGGGCACCACCCAGAGACAUCGGAGCUGCAAGGAAGGUCCUGUGGGGGCACCGUGUCAGUCCCAGGACACGGAGCAACGGCAGGAAUGUAACCUGCAGCCCUGACCCGAGCGCCCACCUGGCCAGGUGCUCAGCUCCUGUGCGACCUCGUGCCCGCGCCUCUGCUCGCAUCUGCAGCCUGGCACCCUCUGCAUGCAGGAGCCCUGCCAACUUGGCUGUGACUGCCCUGGAGGGCAGCUGCUGCGCAAUGGCAUGUGUGUGCGCCGCUCUCUGCCCUGGGGCCUCAGCUUGACUCCUGAAGAGCAGGGCCGGGAGCUACCCCCAGGGCCUCUGCUCACCCAGAACUGCACCCGCUGCGUCUGUCUUGCCAGCUUCGGCCAAGGUGGAGCCUUCAGCUGCCCCCUUGCUGGCUGUCGGGUGCCCCCUGGAGAAAUGUGGCAGCAGGUGGCCCCUGGGGAGCUGGGGCCCUGUGAGCAGACGUGCCGGGAGCCCAACGCCACGGAGACUCAGGGCAGCUGCAGUGCGGCAUGCUGGCACGGGCACUUCCACAGCCAGGAGAGCCCCUGCGUUCCUGCAGACCACUGUGAGUGCUGGCACCACGGGCGUCCCCACCCGCCCGGAUCCGAGAGGCAGGAGGCCUGUGAGAGCUGCCGCUGCAUCCGCAGGAGGAGCAUCGGCACCCAGCACUGCCCCCUGCUCACCUGUGCCCAGGGCGAGGUGGCCGUGCAGGAGCCAGGGAGCUGCUGUCCCACUUGCUGCCAGGAGACUCCGGAGGAGCAGCCCUCCUGCUGGUGCCUCACCGAGCUUCACAACCUCACCAAGGGCCCCUGCUACCUGGACCAGGUGGAAGUGAGCUACUGCAGUAGGCACUGCCCGUCCAGCACCAACAUCCUGCCCGAGCUCCUGGUGCCUGCCCCUCCGCCCACUGCGCCCCUCAAGGCAGGCAAGCCAGGACGACAAAGAAGGGCACAGAAGAGCUACGUUAACCCACUGUUCAGCAAGUGCAGGCUCGAGGGACAGAGGUUUUCCACAUUUUGA